UAGUGCUUUCACUUGCUGAAGCGAAUUGUGCAUAGACAUUGUUCUGUGCCCAUCUGUCUUCUGUCUUCUUUGGAGGAAAUAGAUUGCUGAUGCUAGGAGCCAACCUGUCUCUCUGUUAUGAAAAGUCUUUUAAUAAUUAAACAUUUAAAUGCCAUAUUCCCCAGAUCUCUGAGCAGUUGAGGGCUGUUUAUUAGGUAUAGAUAAGUUAUAACUACAGUAUAGUGUGGGGAGCCGCCCCUGCAUACUCCAUUACAAGAUGGCACCUGCAUUCGGCAGCACCAACUGAAAUUUCCAUCCCUUGUUCUCUGCCUCUCCCGUGGCGUCAUAUGGGCUGACGAGCUGCAACCAGUCAGAGCGUGACACGUCGGAGGCGAGGACUAUUAACCUAUAAAAGGAUUGGGCUUUGGUCCUCUGGGGUCUCCGCUCUGUAAGCUUAUGCUCUCCCUCUCAAGAUGCAUUAAAGCUUUCUGCAGAAGGAUCCUGUGUGUGCCGCGUCGUUCUUGCUGGCGAGACGGUUGCGCGGGACAACUGGUGCCGAAAUCCCGGGAACCUCAACAUCGUCAGCACCAUCGGAGAUCCCUUGGAUUCAAGGAGGAUUCAGAACUGCAGGUGGAUACGCUCAGAGAGGUAUGUCUUUUCUGGAUUUUGGCUUGGACCUCUCGCCGCCUUAGGAAGAUAGUGUUGAAGCCAUAGUGAUUGUCCUGGGAGUGCUACUAUGCUCUGCUUUCACCGUUAUGAUUGUUAGGUGCGUUAAGUCCGACGUAGAUAAGCGGCAGCACUCUGUUGUGUGCCUCAGUCUCUUGUAGAUAAAAGAGCCGUAGGCGGAGUUUACUUUCAUUUUCUUCGCACUUGUAAGACGGACGUAGAUAAGCCGCGGGUGUCUGCUCGUUAUCAUGGGCUCCUCUCAGUCUAUCGUUACAGCGCUAGAAACGGUGUUAAAGCAACGAGACAUAAAAGUUGCCAAUCGGACACUUAAAAAUUUUGUCAAAGAAAUUGAUCGGGUGGCUCCCUGGUAUGUUUGCUCCGGGUCCUUGACUCUUGCCUCAUGGAAUAAAUUGGGUAAAGAUCUUGAUAAAAAACUGGCAGAAGGGGAAUUGAGACAGGGGACAAGGGCCAUUUGGAAACUUGUUAAGAACUGUUUAGAGGAUGAAGCCUGUCGGGCUGUUGUAGCGGAGGGACGAAAUGUCCUUGAAGAAGUCCAGGAUAGCAUGUCAGAAACUGAGCGUAGUGAGAGGUUGGGCGCGCGCAAGAAAAAACCAGUCCCAAUUAAGGAAAAUGCCCCCCCCCCCGUGCAUCUAAUGACAAGGGGGUGUAUGCAUCGGACCCUAGAGGUCCCUUGCCUGUUGUAAGAAAGAAAGGGAGUACUAGUCUAUACCCUUUACAAGAGCUUGAAGCUUUAAUUGCCGAUAGCUCCGAUGAUUCUAAAAGUUCAGAAGAAGAAGACUUAGACCCUGAGGAAGAAGCUGAACUAGAGGAGGAAGAAGCCAGAUAUGAGGAGGAGAGGUAUCAUCCUGAUGAUCACUUGCGGAGUAAGAGAGAGCCCCGAAAGCGGCAGCCUUAUGCAGCCUCCCCGCAGGUAGUCCCUUCAGCGCCCCCUCCUUAUGAAAUGCGCCGGAAGUCCUUCUCCUUCCUCCCGGAGAAAGUAAAAAGAAAACUACGCCUUGCUUAUCCUGUUUUUGAAGGCGCAGAGGGAGGACGGGUGCAUGCACCCAUAGAGUAUAAUCAACUUAAAGAAUUGGCAGAGUCGGUCAGAAAAUAUGGAGUAACAGCCAACUUUACUCUAGCACAAUUGGACAGGCUGGCCAUGGCCGCCAUGACCCCAGCUGACUGGCAGACGGUGGCGAAAGCAUCGCUUGUCAGCAUGGGCCAAUAUUUGGAAUGGAAAGCUCUCUGGCAUGAAGCUGCACAGGAGCAAGCCAGGGCCAAUGCUAUGGCUCUGACUCCGGAACAGCAACAAUGGACGUUCGACCUCCUGACAGGUCAAGGGCGUUUUGCAGCUAAUCAAACAGAUUAUCACUGGGGUGCAUAUCGGCAAAUCGCUGAUAUGGCCAUUAGGGCCUGGAAGGCACUCUCCAAAAAGGGGGAAGUGAAUAAUCAGCUCACUAAGAUUAUUCAAGGGACCCAGGAGCCUUUUUCAGAUUUUGUGGCGCGAAUGACAGAGGCAGCAGGGCACAUCUUUGGUGAUCCUGAAACAGCCGCGCCUCUUACUGAACAGCUAAUCUUUGAGAAUGCCACUCAGGAAUGUCGCGCGGCCAUAGCCCCAAGAAAGAAUAAAGGACUACAAGAUUGGCUCAGGAUUUGUAGAGAACUUGGUGGUCCCCUUACUAAUGAAGGAUUGGCUGCUGCCAUUUUACAGUCUCAAAAGCGCCCCCUUAAAGGGCCUGACAAAAGAGUUUGCUUUAAAUGUGGAAAGCCAGGGCAUUUAAAAAAGGAUUGUAGAGCAUCAGAAAGAGAAAGGGCUCCACCUACCCUCUGUACCCGCUGUGGUAAGGGCUACCACAAAGCUGAGCUAUGUCGCUCAGUAAGGGAUAUAAAGGGCAGAGUUCUCCCUCCUAUGGAGACAUUUGUGAAUAAGAAUCCAAAAAACGGGGCAGUGGGCCCUCGAUCCCAGGGCCCACAAAAAUAUGGGAACAGGUUUAUCAAGGCAACAGACAAGGCAACAGAACAAGAAUGGACUUGUGCGCCUCCUCCGACUUCUUACUAAUGCCCCAGAUGGGGGUGCAGCCUGUCCCUGUUCAGGUGCCUACACCGUUGCCACAAGGGAGCGUAGGUCUCCUUUUAGGCCGAGGAUCGCUCACCCUGCAGGGACUAAUUGUCCAUCCUGGUAUAAU